AUGUCGCAAGGGGAUCCAUCGAGCCCAAUUCAAAGGCUGGAUCCUUCGUGGCCUGACUCUCAGCAGCAGUCAAUGGUGCUACCUAAGGUGAGACAGCAGAACGUUUCACGGUCCGGCUCUGUCAAGAGAGAACAUAGUUAUACUCCGAAUGCCGCCCCGGCGACUCCAAGAAUGCUGCGAAGUACCAGUAAUGCCGCAAACAUAACAGACGAUACGCCCGACGCUGUUCCACCAACCAAGAGCGUGGCCCGUAAGCUUCCUUUUGCCACUCCGCAGCAAUACACCCCAAGUUCAGAAGCGAAGAAACCGCAGCCCAAGCUGAUGGCACCUGUCGAGCUAACAGAGUCGCCAACCCCAGUGGGGCCUGUCACUCCAAAGAAGCAGCAAGGAGCCAAAUUCGGCUCCAGAAACUCGUCGCAACAGCAGCCUCAACCCCAGUUCCACAGAAAAUCGAUUGGAGACUGGGACUUUGCCAAGACUAUCGGUGCUGGAUCCAUGGGUAAAGUGAAGUUGGCAAGACAUCGUGUCACUAAUGAGAUUUGCGCAGUCAAAGUCGUCCCAAGGGCCGCCAAGAUUUGGCAGAGGCAGCAUGUCAAUGAUCCACCAUCGAACGAUCCUUCAGAGUUGGCGAAAAGACGCAAGGAGUUCGACAAGGAGGUGGCCAGAGACAAGCGAACAAUCAAAGAAGGAGCACUGGGACGUAUUCUUUACCACCCGUACAUCUGUCGUCUUUACGAGAUGUUUUCGAUGACCAACCAUUACUAUAUGCUUUUCGAAUACGUUUCAGGAGGACAAAUGCUCGAUUACAUUGUUUCACAUGGUUCUAUCAAGGAACGACAAGCACGGAAAUUUUGCCGUGGAAUUGCAUCAUCGUUGGAUUACUGUCAUUCCAAUAACAUUGUUCACAGAGAUCUCAAAAUCGAGAAUAUCAUGAUCAGCAAGAAUGGUGACAUCAAGAUCAUUGAUUUUGGUCUCUCCAAUAUGUUCGAUAACAAACAUUUAUUGAAGACAUAUUGUGGGUCGCUAUAUUUUGCUGCACCUGAGCUGCUUUCUGCUCAUCCAUAUAUUGGCCCGGAAGUCGAUGUUUGGUCAUUUGGUGUGGUUUUGUAUGUUCUCGUGUGCGGUAAAGUCCCAUUCGACGAUCAAAGUGUCAGUGCUUUACAUGAGAAGAUCAAGCGGGGAAACGUUGAGUACCCUGAUAGCAUUUCCAAAGAAUGUGUCUCUUUAAUGUCCAGAAUGUUAGUUGUGGACCCAACCAGAAGAGCAUCUUUGAAAGAAGUCAUGAACCAUCCAUGGAUGGUGAAAGGGUUUGAAAGCGCACCAUCAAACUAUCUACCACACAGAAUACCAAUAGAACUACCAUUGGAUCCCGAAGUCAUCAACACAAUUGUUGACUACGAACUUGGAACUGAAGAGAACGUCAUCAGGGACUUAACCGAGAUUUUAACUUCAGAGGAUUAUCAGAUUGCCACACAAAAUUGGCAUAUAAAGAAUACUCACGAAGAUUAUGCCAGCUACAAUCCUUCUAUUCCAGAUCCCACAAUUAGCUACCAUCCUCUGAUCUCAAUUUAUCAUUUAGUUGAUGAAAUGCUGAGAAGGAAGAGGGUCAAGGAAGACAAUUCCGGAAAGCUACAGGCGCCAUACUCGACUCCGCAGAACGAGCCAGUUCAUUCAUUCCCGCCUUCGGACGAUCCUUCUGUGGCCGCCCCAGUUCUUGCUUUCCCGCAGGCUGCGUACACUUCUCCUCACCAACCAUCGACUGCUGGUCCUGCAUCCCAGAUUCAACGCAAUCGUGUUGUGAGCCACGAGGGUGGUGCACAGCCAAUCCAUCCAGUACAGCAGCAAGGUGAUGGCCACCAAGGCCACCAGGCCGGCAUUACGAAUACAAUCUUGAGAAAGUUGAGCUCCAAGAAAUCCAGAAACGAUCAUGCUCCUGAAGAACUUUCGCCUGUCGAGGACCAUAACGAACUCAAGGUUGCCAAGUUUGCAUCAAGACAGAACGAUGUGGUGCGCAGAGUGGGUAGCAUGAAGAUUACUAGCAAGGAGAAACAGUCGCAAAUACCUCCGAUCAGUGCGGCAUCCAAACAGCAGCUCCAGCAUCAAAGAGCAGCCUCGGCGUACGCAUCUUCCGAGACUGCAAGAGCAGCACACAUGGCUGCUGUUGAACAAGCCAUGAAGCAAAAGCCUCCUGCUACAGGAGCCACGCCGGAGGGUGUUAAGUUUCAUCCAACAGCCAGAGCAAAGUCUCUUGGUCAUGCAAGAAAACGGUCUCUCAACAUUCCGAAAUCUAAUAAUUAUUCAAUUGCGCCUGACGCUCCACCUGUUCCUCAGCUUCCACUACCGUCCACUAUUGACGAUGGAUUUUUUGAUCCGGUUGAUAUGGACGAGGUGACAUUCAAAGAUGACUACACUAAGCCAGACAAGAGAUUGUCCGACGAAGAAGUUAUUUCUCAAUUUGAGCAUGCUGCACCAGGCACAAUGCCGUCGAUCGAAUAUCCACGGACACUUUUCCUUAAGGGAUUCUUCUCUGUUCAAACUACAUCCACCAAACCUUUACCUAUCAUCAGAUACGACAUCAUUAACGUGCUGCCGCAGCUUGGUGUCAAGUUCACUGAGGUGAAGGGUGGAUUUGUUUGCGUGCAUUAUCCGUCGAUUGUUGAUUCAACAAGCCGUCCAGCAGCAGAUGACGAGAAGGACGACGAGGCCACCAAGAAGGAGUCCAUCGAGGGAGAAAGACAACGGUCUCAAGCUCCGUCACGCAAGAGCUCCACAAAGAGAACCUCGUUGUCAUCAAGUUCCAGCGAAAGACAUCGUCCUCCUCAGGAGGAGCUGGAUCCGGAAGAGCUUACAGAGCGUGCGGUCUCGUCCCCAUCGAACACAUCUACUCCUUCUAAGAAUGGCCACAGACGGAAAUUUUCUCUUGGCAACGGAAUGCUUGGUGGCUACCGGAAACAAAAAGACAAGCUGUCAGUGUCGACGAACGUGUCCAACAAUUCCGAGGUCAGCUAUCCAACUACUCCUGCUUUCUCGAACUUUGUUCGUCGCAACUCUUACGACAGUUCGGAAUCUCUUACUUUUGAAGAGCCUAACGGGGGCUCUGAUAUGCUUAUUUCGAGUCGCUUGGAGCAGCAGAACAAGCCAAGAUCGUCAUCUGUUACCAACUCUCCAGCGGUGGACUCACAUAAGUCCUCUGAUAAGGCUGCUGCCAGUAAGACUCCAUUGAAGUUUGAAAUUCACAUUGUCAAGGUUCCUCUUGUGGGUCUCUACGGUAUCCAGUUCAAGAAGAUUUCUGGAAACACGUGGUUAUAUAAGUCAUUGGCCAGCGAAGUUCUUUCGAGGCUUAAUUUAUAG